AAUUAAAUAUUUUAAGUCAUUCAUCAGGCUUUUAAAGUGUCUUCAUAAAUUUAAAAAAAAACACAUAUCAAUUUUAAACACACUAUAAAACCAAUAACUACAUUAUCACACUUUGUUCAGAAUCUAAAAAUAUCAAUCUGACAGUGCCAUUCAUGGAUGGCUGCUAUUAUUGUGUACCUACUGUAUCUGUGCAUAUAAUUCCUCUGUCCAUAUGCGUAUUGUCCUCAUGAAUCCUCUUGUUUGAAAAUUAUAUUGUAAAAUUAAUGUAAACGUUUAUUUUACUUUAAAGUAGGUAUAUAACUAAGUGAUUUCUAUCAAUUAAUAACUACAAGACACCAGUAAAAUAAUAAUGUAUAAUGUGUACAUUUGUUUAGGUUGACAGAUAUGCGGUUGUUAUCAAAAAAUUCUUAUCUAUUUAUGGUAAACCUAAGCAAUGUUUAUCAAAUACAUAUAAAUGGCGAGUUAGGUAUUUUGCAGAGUCAUCUUGGAACAGUUCAGCAGUAAAAAGUGGAAAUCGACAAUGGUUGUACCAAUCCUGUACAGAGUUUGGCUAUUUUCAAACAUCCAAUCGGGAAAAUCACUUAUUUGGUAAUACUAUACCAUUGGAAUACUAUACAGAUUUGUGUACUGAUGUUUUUGGAAAAUCUUUUAAUUUGAACACAUUAAGUAAGGGAGUAGAUAGAACCAAUAUGAUGUACGGUGACCCAAGAUCAAGAGCGACCAGGGUUGUUUUUGUACAAGGAUCCACUGAUCCAUGGAAUACAUUAGGUUUAAAAUGGCAUCCAAACUAUUCCAAUGAUAUUCUUAUUGAAGGGACGUCUCAUUGUGCAGACAUACACUCUUCAUAUUCAUCGGACCCUCCACAGCUAUCGGUAGCUCGUAGUAAUAUUGUAAAGGAUUUAAAACAAUUUGUAAUAGAAGAGGAUGACCGCCUUUUUGUGGAAAUUCAUCCGUGCUAAGCGAAAAUAGGAUAACUCCAUACAACAUGAUUGUUGGGAAACAGCAAAUAACGUUUUUAAUAGUAAAUCAAGCAUACAAAUUGCGUUUAUACGAUAAAUACAUCAAAACUUGUGCUGAUA